UGGCCGCACGACGGCCCUUGCAGACCGGACGAGGUCGCCCUGCUGCUCAUCGACUUCCAGUCCGACUUCAUCGACGCUGAUGGGUACCUCGCAAAGGUGGGAGGCGACAUCAAACCCGCACAAGAAGCUGUGAUGAAGGUGAAGCCUAUACUCGAAGCCGCGAGAAGCGCGGGGGUCAGGGUCUUUCACACCCGAGAAGGACACAGGCCGUCGUUGGCUGACCUCUCGAAGUACAAGAAGUGGCGCAGCCAAAGGGCAGGGGCAGAGGUUGGGGCGAGUUCGGAGACUGGGAGUAUGUUCCUCGUACGAGGGUCGCCGGGGUGGGACAUAACUCCCGAGCUGGCGCCGAUAGAGGGCGAGGAGGUGAUCGAUGGCCCAGGUUACGACAAAUUCAUGCACACCGACCUCGAGCACUGCCUUCGCUGCGCCGGCAUCAAGUACCUAAUCGUCGCCGGGCUGACGACAGAGGUGUGCGUGUCGUCGACUGUCAGGGGUGCUACGGAGAGGGGGUUCGAAUGCCUGCUGGUGACGGACGGGACAGCAGCCACGGAACAAAAUCACCUUCGACCUCACAUCGACACCAUGCUCGUCGAGGGUGGGAUCUUUGGAAGUGUCGCGGAUGCGCACCAUGUCCUCGUCGCG